AGAAGGAAAAAGCAGAGAGCAUUUCACAGUAUCCAUGGCGACGGGUGGCGCACGUCCAGGCUCCCUCACUCCGCGUCGUAGACGACGUCGAACCUCGGCCAUCGCCGGCGACGAUGCCGGCGAAGAAGUCGAGCAGCCGCGGCAAGAAGGCGAUCGCAUCAGCCUCCUGCCCAACGACGUCAUCCACCACAUCCUCUCCUUCCUGCCUACCGCCGACGUCUUCCGCACCCGCGGCCUGUCGUCCCGGUGGCGCGCCCUCCACGACGACGUCCCGACCCUCGCCUUCUCCCUCCCCGGCGGCGGCGGGGCGGCGCCGGGCGGCGGGGGCCGGCGGUGUCGGCGAAGCAGUUCUGCGCCUUCGUCGACGCGGUCCUCCGCCUCAGCCGCUGUACCGACCUCGCAAGAUUCCACCUUGAUCUCCCUACUUCACUCCCGAGCUCGAGUCCGAGCUCGAGUCCAAGCUCGGGUCUUGGCUCUCGUCCGCCACCGAGCGCCGCGUCAAGGACCUGCGCGUGGAGCUCCCGCGCACCGAGUUUCUCUACGCCGUGCCGCGCCUCGUCCGCGAUUGCACUUCGCUGGUGGAGCUCCGGUUGUGCGGCGGCCGAAUGGGGCUCAAGCUGCCGGGCCGCGCCCCCAAUUGGGCCUCCCUUAGGGUUCUGUCGAUGGCGUACCUGCGGUUGACGGAUGACGAGAUGGGGUUGGUCUUCGUCGGCAGUCCCGCUCUGGAGUCCCUCGAGCUGCGGUGCUGUGGCGGCGUGGCCCGGAUCAAGGUUUUGUCUAGGAGGAUGAGAGAAUUGGUGAUUGAUGGGUGGAAGCACUGGUCCCCCGGGGACCCCCGGCUGGAGGUUUCGGCUCCUCAUUUGCAGACGUUGCGCCUGCGGGGUAGCUUCCCCAGGAUGAGCCUGACGGUGGCCGAGGCCAGCUCCGUGGCCGAGGCCGAGUUGAAUUUCUCCAUGACCAUCGGUGUCGGCGACCGGUUUGAUAACUACAAAUGGCCGCGCAACUUGGCGAGGGGUAUUCUUCAGAAGCUGUGCAAUGCUACUGAAUUUGUAGUUGGGUGUUGGUUCCUUCAGGUUCUGUCGCUUUUGGAGAAUGGAGAUUUGCCUCCUCUGCUUCCCAAUUGCAAAUCUCUUAUUCUAAACACUCGUUGUCAAUCAUUGGAAUGUCACGGUAUAUUGAACAUGAUAGAAAGUUCACCACAGGUGGAGAAAUUGGUCAUCAAGAUGAUUCAACCAUUCAGGAAGCAGCUUGAGUUCGAUAGGGACUGCAAGGCAUUGGCCAUCAGUACGCACAGUACGCACAGAUACUCGGGACCCUUAAAGAGGAAGAAUAAACUCAAAUGCUUGGAUCAACACUUGAGGCGGGUCGACAUUGUUCAGUUUGAUCCUAGGGAUCGCCGCUCGAGCAGCUUUCUUGGCCUGGUGGAGUUUAUCCUUGAAGAGGCGCGCGUCUUGGAUAAGAUGCUCAUCAACACUUGUAAGGUCAAGGAUGAUGGAUCGAAUUCUGUGAAGACUCCCAAUCCUCGCAGAUUGCUCGAAGUUUCCCGGUCAAUUCGACGCCAUCGAAGGGCUUCCGAGAAUGCUCGAGUGGUACUUUUGACUAGGAAGAAACGUAUUAUUUUAUUUUGACUAGGAGGACUUGGGCUUGUGAAUAGGACUUUUACGAACCACAUAUAAUCAGGUUUUCAGUAAUUAGAGUUGUGCCUCACGUCGUUCCGACGCUCACCCUUUUUAACCAUCUUAAUGAGAACUAGCCUAUACUCAUGGGGUGCCGAUGAAACGAACCUAUUUUUUCCUAUGACUUGUGUAGCUUUGAAAAGUUACUAGUUGAGCACGAGUCUGAUGAUCGAAUCCGCGAUUAUUGUCAAGCUUUCCAAAUCGUGUUUGAAGUUUCUACAUUUGUGAUUCAAAGGCUUGUGUAAUAACACACUGCAUUAACAUAUGCGGAGGCUCUUGAUCCUCACUA